CAAACAACACUUAAAGUUCAAUCCUACCCAUGAAACAUUAAGUUUAUUCGAUAAUAUCAAAUACCGUCAAAUUCGGUACAAUAUUUGAUUAUCCCAAAUACGGCUACUAAACUUCCAGCCCAACUGGUCAAUAGUUUGGUUGGUUACUUAGUUAUCAAUUAUACAUAAUUUAAAUCUCGAUUAAAUUUAACAAGAUAUUUUUUCCGCUUUAAGUUGGAAUUCAAACUUUUUCAUAUAAAAAUCGAAUUAAUCUUGCUCUUCAAAAUGACAUCCCUUUCCCGUUUGAUAUAAUUUGGAACAAAAUUUAAGACAUGUAUUAUACUCUUUAGGGUUAUACCGGCGGUAUCGGUAUUCGGCUGCACUUUUUGGCCAAACGGUAUACCGAAUACCGAUUAGUUAUAUACCGACGGUAAAUCGGUAUACUGAAUACCGAUUAAGUUGGAACUUGUAAGCGUAACUUAUGUUGAGAGAGUGAGACUAUAUUGAUUGUUGGAUGAUGGAAUUUGUGAAUUAUUUCAUGUUUGAGACUAUGUACUUAUGUCUUAUGUCGUAGUAAUGCUAUAUUUAUCUACUAACUACUUGUGUAGAAUGUAGUUGACAUUAACAAUGUCAUUGCCUAAUGGAGUAUUGGACUAUUGGUAAAUCGUUAAUGAUAAGUGAGUUGCACUUGUAAGCUGUAAGGGUCUAUUAGAUAAAUAACUAAUUAACUAAUUACUAAUUACUAUUAACUAAUAGUGAAUUGUUGAUUAAUAAAUCUUGCUAGACGAUAGCAAUAUAAUAUAGUAAUAAUUAAUAAACGAACAAAUUAUUUACAUCAUUUAAUUAAACAACAUUCAGAAAAAUAAAAAGCACAAAAAACCCAAAUCAGCCCACCCAGUAUCGGUAUUAAAUCGGUAUACCGGCUCAAAAACGUAAUCUCAAUGCAUUAAACGGUAUUCGGUAUACCGGUAUUAAUAUCGGACUCCGACUAUUCGGUAUUCGGUAUACCGACUAACAUUUGGUAUCGGUAUUCGGUGGGUACACUGUCUGUUUCCGGUAUACCGAAUACCGAUUAAUCGGUAUCAGGUAUACCGGACACCGACCGAUUACCAGCCCUAAAUUACUCUAUACCAUGAUUGUAACAAUUAGCAGUAUAUAAGGUUAUACUAUGGUGCUACGAAUAUACAAUAGUGUAGAAUGAUUGUAUUUGUAUACAUGCUAAUAUAAAUAUAGUAAAUACCAACCACCAUUUAUCAUUUUUCAGGACUAGUUACCACCAUAUACUAGAAUGAUAUAGGUAACAUAUAUGGUCCUGAAUAAUUUUUUCUCAUAAAUUUAUUGACUACAAUUGAUCAAGAUAAACUCGUCAUUUCUGUAUAACUUUUUUCAAAUGUUUUUUUUCGAUAAUUUUUUUUCUUCAAAUUUUGAGAUGAACCAUUUUUUGAUUUUUUUCUUUCUCCAUGUAUGUCCUCAACCAGUUGACUAUAAGUUGUGCACUUAUGCAACCUCACACCACAACCCAGCCACCAACCAGAGGCAGCCAUGGAUGCGACUUCGUUACACCUCCCGGAAAUCCUCGUUGCUAUAGCGGUCGCCGUAUUCCUCCACCUACGGCGGGUCGGAAAACGGCAAAGACGACAUCCCAGCGACAACAUCCUCCCGGAGAUCCCCGGCGCCCUGCCCUUGUUGGGCCACCUCCACCUCCUCGGCGGGAAGCAGCCCCUGGCGCGGAAGCUGGCAUCCUUCUCCGACAAAUACGGGCCCGUUUUCACCAUCCGCCUCGGAGCCAACAAUUUGACGGCGGUGGUCAGCGACUAUGACGCCGUCAAGGAAUGCUUCACCGCCAACGACCGGGCCCUCGCAUUCCGGCCCGAUUCCACCCAGGCCCAAAUCCUCGGCUACAACUACGCCCUCUUCGGAUUCGCCUCCUACGGCGACUACUUCCGCUACAUCAAGAAGAUUCUCAUCUCCGAGGUCCUCUCCGCCCAGCGAAUCAAGGCCCUCCGCCGCGUCCAGAUCUCGGAGAUAGAUUCCCUAAUUCACGACCUCUACCAACAGAGCAAGGCCGCCGGCGGCGGCGGCGGCGGGAAGACAGUGAUUUCGGUGAGCGAGGGGAUCCACAGCUGCGUCAUCAACAUAAUGACUCGGAUUAUCGCCGGGAAGAGGUAUUUCGACAAGGCCAAUUACGAGGAGCGACAUUCUGUUUCCAAUUUUAGUGGCGGGCGGCCCAUCAGUGAAAUGAUUAGGGAAUUUAUGCUGGUGAUGGGUACUCCGGUUCCUUCCGAUUUGGUUCCGAUUCUCCGGUGGGUCUUGCCCCGAGGAGCCGAGAAGGCGAUGAAACGGUUGUUCAAGGAGCUGGAUGUUGUCAUGGAGAGCUGGAUCGACGAGCACAAGGGGAAACAGGUUGCCAACGACGGCAACGAAAGUAAUCGCGAUCUCAUCGACGUUAUGCUCUACGAAAUUAAAGAGGAAGUCGCCUUCGGUUACAAGCGCGAGACCAUCGUCAAGGCCAUUGCUCAUGCUUUAAUCUUCGGGGGCUCUGAUACGACUGCGAUUACGCUGACGUGGAGCCUAUCGAACUUGUUGAACCACAAGCGAGCGUUGCAGCAAGCUCAGGAAGAGCUAGACAACAUCGUAGGGAGAGGUCGAUGGGUGGACGAUUCUGACAUUGAGAAGUUGCCAUACUUAAUAGCGGUGAUCAAAGAAACAUUGCGAAUGUAUCCACCGGGUGCUCUUUCAUUGCCUCGAAUAGCAUCAGAGGACAUCACGAUCAAAGGGUAUCACGUGCUGAAGGGCACUCAGUUCUUUGCCAACUUCUGGAAGCUGCACAGGGAUCCAAACGUCUGGUCCGACCCCAACGAGUACAAGCCGGAAAGAUUCCUGACGAGCAAUGCCGAUAUCGAAAUAUUCGGACAUCAGUUCGAGUAUCUCCCCUUUGGGUCGGGCCGACGAGGAUGCCCAGGGAUCAAUUUCGGAAUGCAGGCUACACAACUGGCACUGGCGAGACUAUUGCAAGGGUUCCAUUGGAGUACCCCUGGAGAUAAGCCUGUGGAUAUGACUGAAGACUUGGGAAUCAUCCUUUCCAAGACCAAUCCAUUGCAGGUUGUCCUUACCCCACGACUUCCUGCUCAGUUUUAUAAUGCUUAACAGAAAGCUUGUCAUCCAAAAUAUAGCUAACGAGAGUAAUGCAGAUGGUUCCCCUGUUAUGAGAGCAUCAACUUCCUUGUUGUAACUGCUGUUCUUUACUCUGGAGACAAUUGGAUAUGCUGAAUCUUUAUGUAUACCCUUAGAACGAAACUUGCACUCCUCCAAAGAUAAAAGAAUGAUCGAAAU